AUGAACUGCUGUGCCUUAACACUUCUCCUGGGAUCAUUCUUCAUCAUUGGACAUUGUGCUUAUCCUCCUGGAUCUUGUGACAACUACGUAAAUGUUACCGAACCGUUUCGCAAUAUUGCCUUUUCAUCUAAUUCCUUCCCUGGCUUCCCAAUUGAAGAUGGCCACCUUGGAACUCAGUGGUCACGAUUCACUGGGAUUGGUGGGGAUAAAAUGAUUGGAGGCUGCAUAUCAGGACCUCGCGGUGGUUUUCAAUUCCCUUUUCAUUUAACAUUUGCCUACCCUACUGAGCAAUCUGUCACAGCAACGAUAGGGACUGCAUAUGCUCAUAAUGGAGGUUGUAAUAGCUAUGCCAUUGACAUGGAAUUGGUGCUCUGUCCAGGAGAAUUCUACAUACAUAAACCAAGAAGUUACCCAGGUGGUGGUUAUGGAAUUAUAACCUACCAUUCUGUGUGUAAAAAUGAUUCUUGUGGACCACUUGCUCAGUGUAACAGUGAUGGAGGGUGCACUUGUGUCACUGGGUAUGAAUUACUCCCAAGUCAUCUGCCGAGAAAUAAUUCUUAUGGUUGUACCGAUAUAGACGAGUGUACGGCAAAUCCAGGUGUUUGUGGAAGUAAUUCUGAUUGUAACAACACAGUUGGAGCGUAUAAUUGUAGCUGUCUGGUUGGGUUCAUUGCUAAAAACAAAGAACAGCCGCCUGGAAACAACAAUGAAUGCACAGAUAUCGACGAGUGUCUUGAACACCCAUGUGGUGAUAAUGGGGCAUGCGAGAAUACGGCAGGAAGUUAUGAUUGUCAAUGCAAUGAAGGUUACCAAAAUGUGGAGGACGCCAUUCCAAUUUGCCAAGAUAUUGAUGAAUGUUUGGAUUCUAUGCUCUGUGGUCCGCACUCUGAAUGUAUCAACACACCUGGUCUUUAUACCUGCGAAUGCCAAGUGGGCUUUUCUCCAACUGAACCGGACCAGCCACCCGAUGACACAAACAACUGUCUUGAUAAUGACGAGUGUAACGAAGAUGCAACAAUUUGUGGUCCUCAUUCCAACUGCACAAACUCAGUGGGAUCAUAUAUUUGCACUUGCUUCAAUGGAUACCGGCUGAAUAACCCAGAAGUCAUUGCCAGCAAUACCAACCCUUGCUCAGAUAUAGAUGAGUGUAGUGAGGUGCCUGAUAUAUGUGGUUAUCAAACAGUCUGUACUAAUGCACCUGGAACAUUCUAUUGUUCCUGCCCGGAUGGUUUUUACCCUUCAACUGGGAUUUUAUGGAUUGUUGGGGUCUCUUUUUGCAAAAAUCUUCAGGAUAUUCUCAAUGAAAUACAUCCUCCAGCGGGCUGGACAAAAGAGAGAAUGUUUCUUGACAAUAUGGACCAACAACUUCUAAACAAUACAGAAAUCCUUUUACCUGUGCCAACAGUGGCAAACAGCUUUUCAGCAUCUAUGGAGGUGUCGGGUGUUGGACCACGGGCUGAAAAAAUCAAGGUGAGCAGUGAAGGAGAUGGAGAAACAGGAAGUAAGAUUCUUGCCAUUUCAGACCGCCUUAUAAGUGCCAUGGUGUCACCGAAUCAGAAUGAAACAACAAUUACCUUGAACAGUUCAACAGUGGCGUUUACUCUAGAGACUUUUGUGCCUGGGAGUAGUGAUGAAAGUGACUCUCAUCUCUUCGUGAAUGGAAACAUCAUGGACAUUAACCUCAAAAGUCUGGCUGGAAACAACAAUGGUUCAGUUGCAGUGGCCUUUAUGACACUGACAGGUAUGGAGAGUCUCCUCAGUCAUCAAUACUUUGAAACUGAGAACAGAACGGAGAUGUACUCGGAUGUUAUCACUGCAGUCUUACCCUCAGUGAACAACACGAACCUCACCGAACCUGUCAACUUCACUAUUCAACACAAAAGGCUCCUACCUGAAUCUGGUUUGGUGACUUGUGUGUACUGGGAAGGCAAAACAGAAAAGAUGGACAAUGAAGGAACUGAAACCAUGAAAUGGUCAGUCAAUGGAUGUUGGGUUGCACACUCGAAUGAGAACUUCACUGUGUGUAGCUGCUCUCAUCUCUCCACAUUUGCCCUUAUCCUUCAAAUUGGCGAGCCUCAACCAGAGGAUGAUUUUUUAGAGUGGCUGAACAGGAUUUGCGUCAUUGUUGGACUCUUCUUCUUCGCUUUGGCCAUCCUCACCUUUCUUCUAUGUAGCUGGAAUGCCAAAAUCAACAACACAGCACGUCUUCAUCUGUGUAUCAGCCUUUCUUUUUCCCAUCUCCUGCUGUUGUGGAAUGACAGAUAUGUUGAAGAUGAGCUGGCUUGCACCGUCAUAGCUGGACUCCUUCACUUUUUUGUAGUUGCAAGCUUUGUGUGGAUGUUGUUGGAGGCCUUGCAGCUUUACCUGCUCAUCCGGAAACUCUCCAGAGUGCAGGUGAUCCAAAGAGAUGGUCUUCCUAGGCUCUUCCUCUACUUGAUUGGCUACGGUGUUCCGUUUGUGAUUGUGGGUGUUUCUGCACUGGUGUACUCUGAUGGAUAUGGAGCCACAAAUUCAAAAGACUGCUGGCUGUCGCAAAAGCAAAACUUUAGGUGGGCUGCAUCAGGGCCAAUUAUUGCUGUUCUUGCACUUAACAUCAUCUUGUUUUGUGCAACUUUAUGGAGUCUGAGACCUACUUUGACUGACAUGAGAAGUGAUGUUUCUCAAUCCAGAGACACAAGGUUGAUUAUUUUUAAAAUUGUGGCCCAGUUUGCCAUUUUGGGCUGUGCUUGGAUUAUUGGGCUAUACCAGAGCAACCUUUUCUUCCAUGUCCUCUUCAUACUUCUGAACUCCCAGCAAGGAACCUUGCUGUACAUUGUACACUGUGUGCUCAACAAAGAGGUUAGGGAGGAAUACAGGAAAUGGUUGUCAUGUUUAUGUAACAAGAUACAAGAAGAUAUGGGAGAUGUACAGUCAGUGGCAGAGGAUUUAGGGUGAGGAGGAAAGACACUGCGUUAAAGACUGAAGACUUGGACUAUGUAUAGCACCGUAUAAUUCAAC